AUGUUACUUCGGCAAAUGUUAUCAGCUUCACAAACCAUUGCUUGGGACGAUCCUCUUGAUGAUUCCCUCCACCAGAAAUGGUCGGCAUGGGUAAAAUCCCUUCAACAUUUGGAGAACGUCAGUAUACCAAGAAUGUGCUGUAAGCUCUCUGUUAUCGAGUCAUCAUGCAAGGAAGUACACAUCUUUACGGAUGCCUCAAAAGACGCGAUAGCAGCUGUGGCAUUUCUGAAAGUAUGGAAAGACAGUGAGAACUAUGACGUAGGAUUCCUCAUGGGAAAAGCUAAAGUAGCCCCUACGCAUGGCCACACAAUUCCUCGCCUGGAAUUGUGUGCUGCAGUACUUGGAACAGAAAUUGCGGAGUUCAUUAAAGAACAAAUGGACCUAGAGGCAAAAAAUUUCCGGUUCUACAGUGAUAGUCAAGUCGCUCUUGGUUACAUAUCCAAUGAUGCCAGACGCUUUUAUGUUUACGUUGCGAAUAGAGUAAGCCGGAUUCGAGCAUUCAGUGAACCUAACCAUUGGCAACAUGUUGCGACAGAUCAGAAUCCUGCAGACUUGGGCACUCGAGCGUUCGAUGCUCAAGGCCUCUCUCAAAGUAUGUGGCUGCGAGGACCAGCAUUCCUCAGGGAAGACAACCUCUCCACAAACACUGAGGGAGCGCGUCAAAACAUUGACCCUAUCUCAACAGAAGACAAGGAAGUCAGACCGAGAGUUGUAGUCAACAAGACCAGUGUCAAGAGUGACUCUUUGGACUUUAUGUCUUCACUUCUUAAAAAAUACUCACAGUGGGCUAAGUUAGUGCGUAGUGUAGCCAUACUGAAACACAUAGUCUCAUCAGCGAGGAAUCCAUGCAAAAACUCGUCCAGAAGAUGGCACUACUGUCCCGAGUCUUUGAACUUGAGUGCGCUGAAAGCAGCUGAUAUUGCUUUAUUGAGAAUGGCUCAGGAAAAUGAAUUCUCCGAUGAAAUAGAAUGUAUCCGAAGAGGAAAACCUGUUCCCAAGAGUAGCAGAAUCCUUACCUUGGCACCAUUCCUUGAUUCUAAUGGUCUGCUACGUGUAGGUGGUAGGAUUGCAGCAGCGCAGAAAUUCGUUGGCCUUGAUGUCCAUCCAAUAAUUAUACCCAAGAAGUCCCAAGUAGCUAUUCUUUUGACGAGACAUUUCCAUGAAAAUGUGCUCCAUCAGGGAUGUCGGAUAACUGAAGGCAAGAUACGGUCAUCAGGAUUUUGGAUUAUUGGAGCCAAGCGUCUCAUAGCUUCAGAAAGCCACCACUGCGUGACAUGUCGCAAGCUCCGAGGAUCAUUCUGCGGUCAAAAGAUGGCUGACCUUCCAGAAGAUCGGUUGACUCCAGGUCCACCCUUUACAUUUGUAGGCGUUGACACGUUUGGUCCCUGGAAUGUCACUGCAAGGCGUACACGAGGAGGAUUGGCUACAAGUAAGAGAUGGGCCAUUCUGUUUACAUGUUUGGUGUCCAGGGGAAUCCACAUUGAACUAGUGGAAGAAUUGAGCACUUCCUCUUUUAUCAAUGCGCUAAGACGUUUCCUUUCCAUUAGAGGACCUGUCCGUCAGUUCAGAUCUGACAGAGGAACCAAUUUUGUUGGCGCUGUGAAUGAUUUACAGAUGGUUCAUCAGUAUGUGGAGAAACCUUCAGUGCAGAAGUUUCUUCAGGACAAGGAAUGCUCAUGGCUUUUUAAUCCUCCACACGCUUCCCACUUCGUCGGAGUAUGGGAGCGUAUGAUCGGUGUGACCCGUAGAAUUUUAGAUGGUAUGCUUCUGCGAACUGGGAUGAAGAGUUUGACCCAUGAAACCUUAUCGACCUUUCUAUCAGAAGUCUCCGCUGUUGUUAAUUCAAGACCUCUUAUUCCCUUAUCGGAAGAUCCCAGCGAUCUGUCUAUCCUGACACCAGCCAUGUUACUCAAUCACAAGAUGGGACAACUACCGGAGUCAAUACCCUCGUUUCAUCCAAAGGAAUUGUAUAAGUCCCAGUGGCGUUAUGUCCAAACACUUGCUGCAGAGUUUUGGCACAAAUGGGAGCGCGAUUACCUGUCUCUUCUCCAGCCUCGACGCAAAUGGACAUCUGAAGGACCCAGUUUAAAGGAGGGAGAUGUCGUCCUUUUGAAAGAUUCGGACAUUCUGAGGAAGCAGUGGCCCUUAGCUCGCGUGUGCAAAACUUUCCCUUCUGCCGAUGGCCUCGUGCGCGAAGUGGAAGUUUGUGUGGUGAAGGACAGUACUCGAACAUUUUUUGUGAGACCCAUCCAUAAACUUGUGCCCCUUGUGAUAUCUUGACAUGUCUUGUCACAGUUAUUGCAAUAUGAAUAUACGAUUUCAAAUCGCAGUUUCUUAUUAGUAUACAUAUGAAUGUCUAUGUAUUUCUUGCGACAUGGUAUGUCAUUGAUUACGUUAUUCAUAUGAGUUCUUGUAGUGAUUUCCCUUAGAAAUCAGAAGGGGAGUGUUGUGUCGCCGGAUUUUUAUUCGUUCCGGUUUCGGCAUUUAGUGUACUUUUUUAGUCUGUUGUGUAUUUCCGGUGAAUUCCCACACUUUUCUCCGUGCAUUAUUUUCUGUUAUUUGUGACCGAUUCUUGGCAGUCCAAAGAGUAAGUUACAUUUGCAAAGCAUUCUUUAGUAUUGUAAUUACAUGUCCAUGAAGUCACGUUUAUGUCCAUUAUGUAGUUUUUGCACAAUUGUUGUCAACAUAAAUUCAAGGCUGCACAUGGCAAGGGCAUUGUGUAAAACGCGGUAGGAAUUUUUUAUGUAUGACGCCUUUAUGCUGUGUUUACUUUCACCCCGUUUCAAAUUCUUGCAUAUUUACUACCAUUGGACCUAGGUAUUAUGUGUCGCUUCUAGAGAGCCCCUUUUUCUUUGAUUAUUAAAAAUUGGCCUAUUGUAAAUCAUGGAUUGGAUUUGCCACAAUAUUUUUGUAAUUUGCACUUUGUAAGACAAUUUUAUUUGUUUUUACAGUUUCUCACCCUUUGUUAUACAUCUAUACGGAGGAGGCCAAUAAACUAUCAAACAUCUUUGAUCUGUUUGAGCACACUAUAAUUGUCAAAUCAAUCCCAUUAUUUUGUUUAAGAAUGUGAUCCAAAAUUCUACGGCCCGUCCUGUGAGGAGGAGUGUAGUCCUCAUUGUUAUAACGGGACGUGUUACGUAAACAAUGGGUCCUGUAUUGACGGGUGUACUAGAGAAUAUACGGGCGACAACUGUAUACAAGAUUUGUAUGAAACUUCACCAGAAGACCAUGAUAUAGCCAUUGGUGCCGGAGUAGGAGCAAGCAUCUAUGUUAUGAUUAUCGUAGUUAUUGGAGUUGUUAUACUUGGACUGAGAAGAAAGAGAGAUGGUAUUUCCGAAGCAAGACAAGAUGAAACAAAAGAAAGCAGAAUUACGUAUG